CAGCAGAAUCAGUCAAAUCAACCAAUUUUCGUGAUGCCAAACGGGCUCUAAGAAUUACAAGUUCUAAACUAACUUUACAUCAACAUUGUUCUAUCUAUGUAUACCUUUACAUAUACAAUAAUACAAACACAAUGACUUAUAACAUCACUAAUUAUGAUCUAACUAUGGUAUCUGUGUCCAACCAUUCUUGUUGUACACUAUCUUGUACCCACCUUAUACUCGCCAUGUCUGUGAAUGUGUUUCACAGACAAAAAUAAAACAUUGUACAAACACGGUGAGUACAAAAGUGGGUACUCAUCCUGCCACUCCAACGUGAUUUUUACUCUAUCAACUCCACCUUUCACCACACUGCCUCUCUUCAUUUUUCAUCUUCUUCCUCUCAAUUACCACAAUUCAAACUCUCCGAUCAUCCCUCACCAAUGGCCUCAUCUUCUUUCACCUUCACAGCAAGAAGAUUUUCAGCUUCCGCUGCCGGUUCAGCUACUAAAUCGGCGGCAGCGACGUCCGAGAGGCGAGAACCCCCCAAAACCGGGAGGAAAUCGAAAUUCAGAGGAGGACUCACACUUCCGUCGAGCGGAACCGACGGAAACAGAUGAAUGAGUACCUGGCGGUCCUCCGGGGGCUUUUGCCGGAAUCGUAUGUCCAAAGGGUCUCUCUCUGCUUUUUAUGCACUUUCUCCGGCGUUUUUUGUGAGAAUUUGAGUUUGCAUUUCACAUUUUCAUAUCAAUCUGAGCUUCUACCUCAUUUGAGAAAUUAUUUGAUCUGCGACCAAACGUAAAUUAGCUAUGUAUAGUUUGGUAAUUAGAGUGCAAAAUCACAAGUAAAAAAAAUAUUAAUUCAAAUUCCUCUAUUUUCAUUCCAAAAUUUUCAAACUUCUAGAAAGCUCAACCUAAAUUUACUUGGUUGUUUGUUUCUCAAAUUCGGAAGGCAUUUUGGAGUCGAUAAACAUAAGUAAUUUUACGAAGGCAAAUCAUAUUAUCAUUA